AUGAAGUUGGAAAAAAUGCUCAAUUUCAUACGCUACGGUGUUGUGAAAUUUCAGUACGAAUGUCCAACAUUUUGCUGUGAUAAUGGAAAAGUCAAAUUUGCUCCUAUUAAAGUGUCUGAUGAAUUAUAUGAAUUGUUCACUUCGCAGUCGGAAAAGGAAAAACAUAUGUUCUCUUUUACAUUAUUAGGGGUCAAAUUAGAUAAAGAACUUGCAUCUGCAAGACAAAAAGUCUAUAAUUUUCGAGCUCAAGGAGUAGUUUAUCAUGAUCUUCCUAUCUUAUUAUUUAACGAAGAUGGGUCUGGAUAUUUUCAGUUUUAUUUUAAACAAAUUCAGAGGUCGAGAAUAGAAUGUGCAUAUUUCCAAACUCCUCUUGAUCUGAAUGUACGGUUAACAAACCCAUUAGCUGAAUGGUUAAAGCGCCCAACUCAUAAUUGGUGA